UAGCCUGGCACCAAACCUAACUAACAUUUAAAAUGUUAGAACAAUAAUUAAGUAGGGUUUCAAUUGGUUUAAAUUUUUCCCUUUACCCUUUCACACAUAUUCCUUUUGACGCAUAUACAGCUUGAUGCUACUAUAUAUGAAUGUUUGAAGAUUACUACCAAGAACUUCAAAGGCUUAUAUACUAGUCUUAUACUAGUCUUCAACCAAAGAGACAACAAGCUAGCUACCCAGAUCUUUCUUUAAUUAUCUCCAUCUUCCUCCCACCAAAUUCCAUGUAAACUCUUUCCCAUUUCUUUAGAUUUUAACUCCCAACUUUCUCAACCUUGAUUUGCGACAACACCAAAAGACCAUAUCUCGUUUGCUUAUGUUAGAAUUCUGCAGCUUCUGAACUACAAGAGAACUGGGCAAGGAUAGUGUUAGUAUACGUAGAAAAUUACAGAAGGAAACGUUUGCAUUCUCAGGGUUGCUGGGCCUAACAGGAGAUAAGAAGAAACGAUAUCAUCCAAUAAUUCCAAGAAACUUCAGAAGAUGGUUGACCGGACCAACGACUCUGGCACAGCGGCUCGAGCCCUGAAAGGCUUAAAGUUCAUGACCAAAAACGUGGGAAAUGAUGGUUGGACCGAGAUCGAAAAGCGUUUCCAUGAACUGGCCGUGGAUGGCACACUAGCCAAGUCAAAAUUUUGCCAAUGUAUUGGGAUGAAGGAGUCGAGUGAGUUUGCGAACGAGUUGUUCGAUGCGUUGGCUCGUAGGAGAGGAAUUACUUCAGGUUCCAUAACAAAGGAUGAGUUGCACGAAUUUUGGGAACAAAUUACAGAUCAGAGCUUCGAUGCAAGGCUCAAAACUUUCUUUGACAUGGUAGACAAAAAUGCAGAUGGCCGGCUCUCAGAAGAAGAAGUGAAAGAGAUUAUAAGAUUAAGUGCUUGUGCUAAUAAGCUGACAACGAUUCAAGAACAUGCUGAAGAAUGUGCAGCACUAAUCAUGGAAUCUCUGGAUCCAAAAAACACUGGAUAUAUUGAGUGGCAACACUUGGAAAUGCUACUUCUCGAAGACCCAACCCAAUUAACCAACCAAGUCACUGAUACUCGUACUAAGCAAGCCCCAACCAAAGAGCCUAACCCAAUAAAACUAUACUCAAAGAGGCUCACAUUCUUCAUAGAGGAACAUUGGAGGAGGAUUUGGGUGAUUGGGCUUUGGCUAUCCAUCUGUGCGGGCCUCUUUACUUGGAAAUUUAUCCAGUAUAAGAAUCGGGCCGUGUUUCAAGUAAUGGGCUAUUGUGUGUCCGCGGCUAAGGGUGCAGCAGAGAUUCUCAAAUUCAACAUGGCCCUAAUUCUUCUCCCAGUCUGCAGGAAUACCAUUACUUGGCUCAGAAGCAAGACCUUGUUGGGCAAAGUGGUUCCUUUUAAUGACAACAUUAUUUUCCACCAGGUGGUAGCUUUGGGCAUAGCACUAGGAGUUGGUGUGCAUGCCAUUGCACAUCUAGCAUGUGAUUUUCCGAGGCUGCUACACGCCACCGACGAUGAGUACGAACCACUGAAACCCUUCUUCGGGGAUGACCGACCGGAAAACUACUGGUGGUUCUUGAAGGGAACGGAGGGAUUGACCGGGUUGGUGAUGGUGGUACUGAUGACUAUAUCUUUUACAUUGGCUCAACCUUGGUUUAGGCGAAAUCAGCUAAAACUCCCAAAAAUUCUCAAGAAACUCACUGGUUUCAAUGCCUUUUGGUACUCCCACCACCUCUUUGUCAUCGUCUAUGCUUUGCUCAUUGUUCAUGGAUACUUUCUCUACCUCUCCAAGAAGUGGUACAAAAAGACUACAUGGAUGUAUCUGGCGGUCCCAAUUAUUUUAUAUGCAUUUGAACGUUUAAUUCGUGCAUUUAGGGAUGCCAACGAAAAAGUAAAGCUUUUGGAGCCCAAAUUGUAUCAUCCAAAUGUUGUAGCACUCCGUAUGUCGAAGCCAAAAGGAUUUGAAUACAGCAGCGGUCAAUAUAUAUACGUCAAGUGCUCGGAUAUAUCUCCAUUUGAAUGGCAUCCAUUUUCAAUUACUUCUGCUCCUGGAGAUGAUUACUUGAGCAUCCAUGUCCAAGCUGCGGGUGACUGGACAAAGCAGCUCAGAAACCUUUUCUCCAAGGUUCCGGCCAUUCCACGAGAAACAGUGAGACUCUCAGUUGAUGGUCCGUAUGGUGCACCAGCACAAGACUACAAAGAAUAUGAAGUUCUCCUACUUAUUGGGCUUGGAAUUGGUGUCACUCCUUUGAUAAGCAUUGUGAAAGAUGUGCUUAACAACAUCAAACGGGAACAUAAGGACAUAGAAAGUGGGCUGGUAAACAACAAUGGUGUUGAAAACAACAAGAGAAGAAUUUUUGCCACACAACGAGUUUACUUCUAUUGGGUGACAAAAGAGCAAGCCUCUCUAGAGUGGUUUAGCAGUGUCAUGAAUGAGGUGGUUGAGAAUGAUGAAAAUGGAGUAAUUGAGCUUCAUAACCAUUGCACAAGUGUAUAUGAAGAAGGAGAUGCUAGAUCCGCUUUGAUCACCAUGCUUCAAGAUCUUAAUCAUGCUAAAAAUGGUGUUGAUAUAGUUUCAGGGACGAGAGUUAAAACACAUUUUGCUAGACCAAAAUGGCACAACGUUUUCAAGCAAGUAGCAGCCAAGCACACGGACCAACGAGUUGGAGUUUUUUAUUGCGGUCGACCGACAUUAAUACGGGAGCUAAAAAUGUGGACCAAUCAUUUUUCGAGAGAAACUACUUUCAAUUGCAAGUUUGAUUUCCAUAAAGAGAACUUCUGAGCUCUAUUUAUUAUUUUAUUUUUAGUUGUCCAAAUAUAUUAUAACUUGAUAUUGCUAUUUUGAGUUUUGUAGAGUGUUCAGCCGAAAAAAAAAAAAAAAAAACAAAAGAGUUUGUAGAUGUGAUGUGUAACGCUCUUGGAUUUAUAGUUCUGUUGGUAAGAUCGGAUAGGAUAUUAUUCCUGUAUAAUGAAUAAUUAUGUAAUUGUUCA